AAUUUGCUUCUCCAACCUCAACCUUGGGGCAUCAGCAGUUUGAGAUCGCAGCAAAGUCGAGAACAAAGUCUCCGUUUUAAGCGAUGGGAUUCGGAGCUCUGAGAAACAUAGUUCGGCCGCUGGCCAGAACGCUGAUAUCCGGCGCUUCCACUUCCAACUCGACAUUGUUGACGGCCAAGGCUCCGUUUCUGAGACCCGAGUGUCGAUUUGGUCUCUGUCCACCAUUGGCCCAGGCAUCGCGUAAUUUCAGUUUCUUUUCGGAGACUGGUUACGACAGGUUAACGGACAAGAGAUUGCCAAAGCGCCGCCCCCUCGAUAAACCUCGCCGGAAAAGGGCCGGCUUGAGACCUGCUGGGGCAUUUGCUUGGGUUAAGUAUGAUGCUGGAGAGCCGAUUAAACCCAGUAAUCCUAAUGAAGGAAGCGUUAAGAGAAGGAACGAGAAGAAGCGUAGAAUGUUGCACCGGGCCUUUGUGAAGACUGAGGCAAAGAAGAGGAAAGCUCUGGUGCAGGCAGCUAAACGGAAGAAAAUGGCUGCGAGAGUGGAUCGUAAAAUGGCUUCUGUGGCGAGGGAUAGAGCGUGGGCAGAAAGAUUGGCAGAACUGCAGCGACUUGAGCAAGAGAAGAAAAGCUCCAUGUCCUAGCUUUCUUUCUGUCUUCCGAGAUGUAUUUGGUUCCAAAUGUCUGCUGCUACUUUUUCUGCUUGUUAUCAGCAGAACAAGAACACCGAAUCACAUAAAGACCUUGAAUUAAUUCUUGUAACUCAGGUUUGUUGUUGCUUUGGCUUUCGCUAUGGCUGUAGCUGUGAAGCCUUCCUGUUAAAUCUACUGGCAUUCUAGAUGGGAAGCUUCCUGCAAUUUUGUAUCUUAUCCUUAUGUCACGUCUCAGAAGUUGGGACUUGGGAGCUAGACGAACAAACUAAACGAGAAAGGAAGGCAAGCAAUUCACCCUGUGGUUUUCGUCCUCCUUAGGGACCUUGCGGUUGGGAUGCUUACAUGAACAAUGGUAGGAUUUGCGAAACCUUGGAUUAAUCGAUUUUAACCAGACCUGGCCUUCCACCAGGCUGUGCUGCUGCUCCCUGCU